UAACAUUCCGGCUCUACUCACCGUCCCCUGUGUGGUAUCUUGUCCAGAGUCUGAGGACGGAUCGGGGUCUCGGCACUGCAGAGUCUCCUGGUUGGACACUGUGGACCGCCUGGCCUCACCUGGAGGAGGUGUUGGCUCUCUACAGGAAUCAUCUUCACCACACAGUCAUUCCUCUAACCUAGAGUACUGAAGUGGACCCCAAACGGCCCACGUUCUUUUUGAGUUACAGAGGACAUGGUCCGCCGACGGGCCGAGCACAACGAGUGUGAGAUCUUCUCCCUGGAGGAAGUGUCUCUGCAUCAGCAGGACAUCGAGAAGAUCGAACACAUCGACAGGUGGUGCAGGGACCUGAGGAUCCUCUACCUGCAGAACAACCUCAUCCCCAGGAUAGAGAAUGUUGGACGCCUGAAGAAGCUGGAGUAUUUGAAUCUGGCCUUGAACAACAUUGAAGUCAUUGAAAACCUUGAAGGCUGCGAGAGCCUCCAGAAACUGGAUCUGACUGUGAACUUUGUGGGUUGUCUGAGCAGCGUGGAGUCUCUGAAACACAACAUCCACCUCAGAGAGCUGUUUCUGGUGGGGAACCCCUGCACUGAAUUUGAGGGCUACAGGCAGUAUGUGGUGGCGUCUCUGCCUCAAGUCAAGUGGCUGGACGGGACGGAGAUCAGCCGGUCGGAGAGGAUUCAAGCCUCUCAGGGACUGGACGAGGCGAAGAGACGAGUCUGGGAGCAGGAGAAGGAGUACCUGAAGAGGAGAGCCAGGGAGAAAGAGGAGGCGCUGAGGAAGGACGCAGGAGAGGAGAAAGGAGACAAGGAGAGGAAACCAGGCUUUGACGGUCGCUGGUACACAGACAUCAACACAGUUCCAGUGUUGGAGGAGAAUAAGGAGAACCAGGAGGUGGAGGAGAACACGAUGAGCCCUGUCUCAGAUGAAGAGCGGCGGGAGAGGGAGUUCUGGCACACGCCGUGUUCUUUCACCCCUGAAUCUCGUCUGGAGGCUCACCGCCACCUGGAGGAGACGAGGAAGGCAAAGGAGAAGGAGAAAGAGAAGAAGCCGAAGGCCCCGAGGACGCUGAUCACUGCUGAUGGACGAGUCAUGAACGUCAACGAGCCAAAGCUUGGCUUCUCUCUAACUGAGGAUGAAGAAAAUAACACCAUUGUCUUAAACUUGGAAGUGUACAGACACAUGGACACCUCUCUGAUCGACGUAGAUGUUCAGCCAACAUACGCCAGAGUCACCGUCAAAGGAAAGAUAUUUCAGAUGGUUCUGCCUGCUGAAGUGAAGCCCGACAGCUCGACAGCUCAGAGGUCCCAAACCACGGGACACCUGGUCCUCACUAUGCCCAGGGCUGAAGGUGAAAUCAAAGUGACAAAGACAGUCCCACGUCGGCCCCGAGCGAGUCAGAGCAGACGCAGCAGCUCGCCUGAGGGCAAUAAGAGGAGAAACAGUGUUCCUGAGAGGCUGGAGGUGGACCCCAGCAAGCACACAGCCAUCGACCUGGCCAACAUCGUACCGCGCCGGGACGCCAAAGAAGGUCCUCUUGAAACAUCCAGGCUGGCUCCACCUGCAAAAACCUUCUCUGACGGGUUUGUGGACGACCCUGAUGUGCCCCCACUGGUGUAAGACUUUAGGAAAUAACACUGACCGCUAAGGAUUCCUUGGUCCGGAUGCCCUUCAUGUAAAAGAUGCAGAUGACUGUCGAAUUUGAAAUGGUUGUAUUAAGCAACUAAUCUGCCUCCUCAGAUCUUUAUAGGGGUAAAAACACUGAGUCAGACCCUCUGCCCCCAAAAUCUGUCAAAAUUUAGUGACACAUCAACUAAAUCUCUGAUGGAGGUAACACUGUGAAACUACUGAGUUGUAGAGAAAAUACCAGCCAUUUCAAUAGUGUUACAAAUCAGCAAAGCUUUUACUGACCCUUUAGAUAACUUUGUGUCUCCUGUCUCAGCUCACUGAAAGAGUCAAGCUUCCGCUAAAUUCCCACCCUGACACCUCUUAAACCUGAUAUAUGUCACAUGUAUAGUGAUUUAUUGUUUGGAAAAAUAUCCUAAAAUGCAACCAAAGCUUUUGAAUACCAGACAAUAAAUGAGGAUUUUGUAUUAAAUUCAAAAUAAAAUGUGAAAGAUUUCUAUUAGUUAUCGUUCUGAUGAACAACUUGGACAAAAACUUGUGGACAGUUUUAAACAGUGGGUCGACAGUCACAUUUUGGUGGACACUAAAAUAGCAUUUGAAGUUGCUCUUUUCACUGAAAACUUUUAAAAUAUUUUUAGAGCAUUUUUUUUGCCUUCAUUAGACGAUCAAUGAUAAAAAGAUGGCAGAACAAAAGGGGAGAGACAGACGAGGAAUGACAUGCAACAAAAGUCCACUGCCAGAUAUGAACUGGGGCUUUGUGGUUUAUGGUGACUUUAAAGGGAGAGUUCAGAUCUUUUGAAGUGUGCUUGUAUGAAGUACUAAACCGUAGUCAGUAUAUAACCCACAGUAGAUGUCUGUCAGCACAGCCCCAGUUUGGAGAAGCAGCAGGAGUGCCAGCGUGCAAGCUAAGCAACAUACUGCUGUGGACGGUAGCAGCAAGUAGGGAUGCAGAUAAUAUCAGCAUGUCAUUGAUAUCGGUCAACAUACUUUUUCUUAUUUUGCAAAAUGAAUAAAUAUUACAUACAUUGAAAAGCAUUCUGUUUCAUGUCUCCAUCUGCUGGUGAGCCGUCAGGAUAAGAGUAUGUAUGAAUAAUAUGAUGUUGAUUCCACUACAGAAGAGACUUGAUGAUCUAGGGGUGUCCCCGACUGAGAAUUUUUUGACAGAUUUUUCCUUUAGCCGACUAAUUUUCGAAUCAUGUUGUUUUUCCCCUCAUUGAUUAAUGAGCUCAUCUGUGUCAGUUUCCGCUCCGGAGAAAAGAGCUAAAAUGCCCAAAUAAACAAAUUUAUUUCUUCAGUUGGCAUAAUAAGAUAAUGAUAAAAGUAAAAGGGUUAUCAUUUUAUCUUUAUCUUUAUUCCUUUCACUUCAUCCAGGUAUGAUGCUCUAGAUGAGCGCAGACGUGCUGCAGCCUCGUCCAUGUCUUUAACAGGAGUCGUUUCUGACUCGUCAGAACUUGCCAUUUCAUUCACAAAUAAACAUCCAAAAACAUCAUCAAAAGGUUUAGAAACAGUUUUCCUUCUUUCUGACUUCAAGUUACUUCAUUAAUCAACUCAGGUUCAUACAAGUUCAUCCACACGGACCGUGCGUCACGCCUCUCAAUUGUUUGGCCAUGUCGGACAAAAAGUAGCCAAAUAAAAAAUCAUAAUAGACUCUGACUCUGACACUUCAGGUAA